AAAUGCACCGGAAGUAAACAGACAGCGCUAGCAGCGUUAGCUAGGUGCAUGUUAGCAGUUAGCUGGAAGACGGUAGUGUGGUCGUGUCUCGGGUAAAUAUUCAAGUAGUGGACGGAGCAGUGAUGUCUUCGGCUCAGUAUUUGAGAGAGUUUAUCAGCUGCUGCUGAAGAGAUAUUCACAGUCUUUAAAAAAACCAUCGUCCUGUACGAAGAAGAGGUCGCUCGUCAGCGCAGACUGCUGGAUCCGGUUUCUAAACCUGACAUGAAGGCACACAGGAUCGAGCUCCCACAGCAGCAUGUCUGUAAGGAGGAGGAGGUUCUCACUGACCAGCAGCUCUGUCACCAGGAGAGGAGCUCCAGUCUGGAUCAAGACGACCAAAAACCUCCACAGAUUAAAGAGGAACAGGAGGAAAUGUGCACCAGUCAGGAGGGAGAGCAGCUCGUACUGAAGCAGGAGACUGAAACCUUCAUGUUGACUCCUCAUUGUGAGGAAAGUGACCACAGAGAACCAGACGGUGAGCACCAGCUCCUCUCUCACAACUCUCCUGUAGCUGAGAGCCAAGAUCAGAACAGAAGAAAACAUUUGGAUUCAGGAUCAACAGGAAAUGAAGAACCAAACCCUCAGGAUAGUGUUUAUGAAAACUGGAGUCACAGUAACAAUGUUUACAACUGUCCCAUAUCAGAGAUUAACUCUAAUACUCAAACAAAGUCUUUCAAAUGUGACACUUGUGGAAAAGCUUUUGUGUUUGAGAGUCACUUAAAAAUACAUCUGAGAAUCCACACAGGUGAGAAGCCAUUUUUAUGUAAAAUAUGUGGAAGAACAUUCAGUACCAUGUCCACAUUAAAAAGGCAUAUGACAACUCACACAGGUGAGAAGCCAUAUUCUUGCAAAAUAUGUCGCAAAAGUUUUGUACGCACUGGCGUCUUGAAAGUCCAUAUGAGGAGUCACACAGGAGAGAAGCCGUAUAUUUGCAAAACAUGUCAAAAAUGCUUUGUAAGUAGUAGUGAUUUGAAAGUCCACAUGAGAACUCACACAGGAGAGAAGCCUUAUAUUUGCAAAAUAUGUCGCAAAUGUUUUGUACGUAGUGGCAACUUGAAAGUCCACAUGAGAACCCAUACAGGUGAGAAGCCAUUUUCUUGCGAAAACUGUGGGAAAAGCUUUAAUCACAUUUCAGCAUUAAGGGAGCAUAGGAGAUUACACACAGGCGAAAAGCCGUAUUCUUGCAAAAUAUGUCAGAAAUGUUUUGUUCGUAUUUGUGAUUUGAAAAUCCACAUGAGAACUCACACAGGUGAGAAGCCAUAUUCUUGUAAAAUAUGUCGGAAAAGAUUUGUUAGUAGUAGUGAUUUGAAAGUCCACAUGAGGCGUCACACUGGUGAGAAGCCAUAUUCUUGCAACACCUGUGGGAAAACAUUUAUAGUGAAGUCAGGUUUAAAAAGUCAUAUGAGCCUGCACACAGGUGAAAAGUUGCAUUCUUGCCAAAUAUGUGAGAAAAGUUUUGUAAGUAGUAGUGGUUUGAAAGUCCACAUGAAAAUUCACACAGGUGAGAAGCCGUACUCCUGCAAUACAUGUGGGAAAAGAUUCUGUCGUUCGUCAGACAUGAAAAGGCAUCUAAAAAUUCAUACAUCUUAAAGAUCAUAGAGCUUUCAGGCUUAUUGAAUAAUUGAUGGUGCACAUGACAUCGCACUGGUGAUAAUUCAUAUCACUGCAACAUCUUGAGGAAAAGAUACAUUGAAGUGACACAUUUGGAAGUCAUAUGACCUGAGAUCAAAAAGCUCAGAGAUCUCUAACAGGUCAGAACUGUUCCUGAUUUAAAUUUGGUCAUUUUCGCCUUCAACACAAUAUCUUUUUUCCAGACACAGACCAUUCCCAGUGUUUCUACUUAGAAGUCUGAAUCUUUAAGCACAUCAUGCACCAUAAGCAAUUCACAAGGCUGGGGCUGGGAGCCAAAUCUGUAGAGUAGGGUCAAUUCCGCCAAUACGAUUUGUUUGAAUCCACUUUGAAUGAGAACACCAUGAUGGAGCAUGCAAUUACGCCACACUUCAGUUCUGCGAGCUUUAUGUUCUACCUCAAUGAAGCAGAAAACAUAAGGCGUGUGAAUAUACAAAAGUUGAUGGUUUCUUUUUCUAUUAAUAUUAAUUUGUUAUUAUGUUAUAAGUGUUUAAAACAGUAAUUAUUUAUGGUUUGUAUGAAUAUCUCCCAAAUCUUGGAAAAAAAUUGCGUGCGUAUCCUUAAAUAUAUAAUGACAUUUUAAAUGCUUUCCUGUUUUAUGUCAGGUACGUGACUGGUUUGUGAAAUCUAUGAUGUUGAUGGCGAUAAACUUUGGUUCUGUUGGGUCUUCAUUCCAAGUACAGACUUAUCUUUCUAGUUUACUAUGAUCUGGGAUACCUUUUUUUUAUCACAUCAAGUUCACACAUUUUUUAAAUUCAAAUGUGAAACACAAGUUGUAGAUCUAGGUUUUAUGAGAUGUGCUUUAUGAAUAAACUUAAUUGCUUUUGUGACAAAAGUUUGACGGCAAGAAUAUUGCUUUCAAUGCUGGUUCUUCAGAUUGAUGUUCCCAAACGUAUGGACUGAAUCAUUCGAGGAAGUCUGAGCAUCAUCAGUUUAAGUGGUAGUAAUGUAUCUGCAAUAAAUUCUUCCAUCUCUGCUCAUAUGUUUUAAUGCUAAAUGGAUCGCUUAAUAACUCGAAAAGUCAUCAAUAAAAUUCAGCAGGAGAGAAAAUAAAAUAAUUAGAAAUUG